GCGUUUUGUAAAAGUUUAAUAUUUAUUUAAUAACUCUAUGAAGUAUUUGCGGUACGCUGAUAACACAAUUCGCCUGUGCUUUAAUUUGUUUAUAACGAGGCGCUUACUGAACGCACAAAUCAAAGUUAAUAAAGUAAAUAACACAUUUUGGUGUUGGCCAACAAUGACAUUGCCCAAGAUAGUACGCCAUGUGCAGACCCAGCACGGCGACGACUCCGUGGACGUGGAAAACAUCUUCCUCUUCCGGGCCAACGUGAACUGCACACAUGCCGAGGCGCCCGCCGCAGAAGUUGCCGGCGGCUCCUCCACAAAUGUGGCCGAAAUUGGCGCCGAAUGUGAUGUUAAAGAAGAAGAGGAGAAAAAUUCUAUAAACGGUGUGUGGACCUAUGAAGCCAGUGAAGAUGGCGGUAGCCAACUGGCCACGAUAGCUGAGGCUUCACCUGUACAAUUGCCAGAGAAGCGAAAGGCGCCCCUUGGGGCCGAGACUAUUGAGUGCAAGAAGCCAAAAUUGGAAACGAAAGAUCCUAAAUUGAUACGGCCCGGCUUCAGUGAAGAAAGAUAUGACGAGACGUCCUAUUAUAUAGAAAAUGGUUUGCGAAAGGUGUACCCCUAUUCUUUUACAUUCACCACGUUUACAAAGGGACGCUGGGUGGGCGAGGGAAUCUUAGAUGUAUUCUCACGUGAAUUUCGUGCACAUCCCGCUGAGGAAUAUAAGCGCAGCAUUGAGGCUGGCAGCUUGACAGUCAACUAUGAGAAGGUGCCCAUCGACUACAAGCUAAAGCAUAAUGAUCUGCUGGCUAAUACAGUGCACAGACAUGAAGUUCCAGUUACUUCACAGCCCAUUACAAUAGUCCACAUGGACGAAGACAUUUUAGUCGUGAACAAACCAGCUUCAAUACCAGUACAUCCUUGUGGCCGAUACAGACAUAACACGGUCAUUUUUAUCCUGGCCAAAGAGUUUAAUUUGAAGAAUCUGCGUACCAUACAUCGAAUAGAUCGCCUAACUUCCGGCUUGCUGUUAUUCGGACGAAAUUCAGAGAAAGCUCGCCAAAUGGAGCAACAGAUACGAAAUCGACAAGUACAAAAGGAAUAUAUUUGCUGCGUGGAGGGCCAAUUUCCAGAUGGCAUUAUUGAGUGCAAUGAACCGAUUGAAGUCGUUAGCUAUAAAAUUGGAGUUUGCAAGGUCUCACCGAAGGGCAAAGAUUGCAAAACAACAUUCAAGAGAAUCGCCCAAGCUGGCGACUAUAGCAUUGUGCAGUGCAAGCCGCUGACUGGACGAAUGCAUCAGAUCAGAGUGCAUCUACAAUAUCUAGGCUAUCCGAUUGUUAACGAUCCUUUGUAUAAUCACGAAGUGUUUGGUCCUUUAAAGGGACGCGGCGGGGAUACUGGAGGAAAGUCCGAUGAUCAAUUAAUAAACGAUUUAAUUGCUAUACACAAUGCCGAAAAUUGGUUGGGUAUUGAUGGAGAAGUUGCGAUAAGGGACACGGCCAAGAAUCCAGAUGUUGCUGUUGCCAGUCCAAGCCCAACCACCCAAUCUGAAUUGCAAGCCGCAAUAAAGUCAAUGCCUGAAGCUAAGAUCACAAUUUCGACGCAAACUGGCCAUGAAUCUGCCGACCUUAGAUUUGAUGCCAGCAAGCUAACUGCAGAUCCACUCUGCUCUGAAUGUAAGAUGAACUAUCGGGAUCCGAAGCCAGAAGAUCUCGUUAUGUAUCUGCAUGCGUGGAAAUAUAAAGGUGUCGGCUGGGAGUACACAACAGAGCUGCCAAGCUGGGCCUCCAUUGACCAGGAUAAUUGCUCGCUCAGCUUAAGAAACAAGCGCAGUUAAAUUUACAAAUUCUUGUAU